AUGCCGUCGGGCUUCCAGCAGAUCGGCUCCGAGGAAGGGGAGCCUCCGCAGCAGCGCGUCACCGGGACCCUGGUCCUCGCCGUGUUCUCCGCGGUGCUCGGCUCCUUGCAGUUCGGCUACAACAUUGGGGUCAUCAAUGCCCCGCAGAAGGUGAUUGAACAGAGCUACAAUGAGACUUGGCUGGGGAGGCAGGGUCCUGACGGGCCCAGCUCCAUCCCUCCGGGCACCCUCACCACCCUCUGGGCUCUCUCCGUGGCCAUCUUCUCUGUGGGUGGCAUGGUCUCCUCCUUUCUCCUCGGCGUCGUCUCCCAGUGGCUGGGAAGGAAGAGGGCAAUGCUGGUCAACAACGCCCUGGCAUUGCUGGGGGGCACGCUCAUGGGCCUGGCCAACGCCGCUUCCUCCUAUGAGAUGCUCAUCCUCGGACGGUUCCUCAUUGGUGCCUACUCAGGGCUGACAUCAGGGUUGGUGCCCAUGUACGUGGGGGAGAUCGCACCCACUCACCUGCGGGGCGCCCUGGGGACACUCAACCAACUGGCGAUCGUCAUUGGCAUCCUGAUCGCCCAGGUGCUGGGCUUGGAGUCCAUGCUGGGCACUGCCACGCUCUGGCCACUGCUCCUGGGCAUCACCGUGCUGCCUGCCUUUCUGCAGCUGGUCCUGCUGCCCUUCUGCCCGGAAAGCCCCCGCUACCUCUACAUCAUCCGCAACCUGGAGGGGCCCGCCAAACGGAGUCUGAAGCGCCUGACCGGCUGGGCCGACGUGUCUGGAGCCCUGGCUGAGCUGAAGGAGGAGAAGCGGAAGCUGGAGCGAGAGCAGCCGCUGUCCCUGCUGCAGCUCCUGGGCAGCCGGACCCACCGGCAGCCGCUGAUCAUUGCCAUCGUGCUGCAGCUGAGCCAGCAGCUCUCCGGCAUCAACGCCGUUUUCUAUUAUUCUACCAGCAUCUUCGAGUCGGCAGGGGUAGGGCAACCAGCAUAUGCCACCAUAGGAGCUGGUGUGGUCAACACAGUCUUCACCUUGAUCUCGGUGCUCUUGGUGGAGCGGGCCGGGCGCCGGACCCUCCAUCUUCUAGGCCUGGCGGGGAUGUGUGGCUGCGCCAUCUUGAUGACUGUGGCUCUGCUGCUGCUGGAGCGCGUUCCAGCCAUGAGCUACGUUUCCAUCGUGGCCAUCUUCGGCUUUGUGGCGUUCUUUGAGAUUGGCCCCGGCCCCAUCCCCUGGUUCAUCGUGGCCGAGCUCUUCAGCCAGGGGCCUCGCCCGGCAGCCAUGGCCCUGGCUGGUUUCUCCAACUGGACGUGCAACUUCCUCAUUGGCAUGUGUUUCCAGUAUGUUGCGGAUGCUAUGGGUCCUUACGUCUUCCUUCUAUUUGCGGCCCUCCUGCUCGGCUUCUUCAUCUUCACCUUCUUAAAAGUGCCUGAAACCCGGGGCCGGACGUUUGACCAGAUCUCAGCUGCCUUCCGUCGGACACCCUCCCUUUUAGAGCAGGAGGUGAAGCCCAGCACGGAACUGGAGUACUUAGGGCCAGAUGAGCAUGACUGA